UUUGAUCGUCCUCCACAUAUCGUUCGUAUCAUAGGGAUCUGUGGUAUUAGCGGACUGGGUAAGACAACUAUUGCAAAGGCCAUAUAUAAUGAAAUUUAUCAUGCAUUUGAAGGUUGUUGUUUUCUUGAGAAUGUUAAAGAAGUUUCAAAACAACCCAAUGGUCUAAUUCAAUUACAAGAACAACUCCUUUGUGAUGUCCUUCUGAAGAAAAACUUGAAGAUAAACAACAUUUCUAGAGGAAUAAAUGUGAUCAAACAAAGGCUUCACUGCAAAAGGGUUCUUAUCGUUAUUGAUGAUGUAGAUCAUUUAGAUCAAUUAAAUGCAUUAGCCAUCAAGCGCGAUUCUUUUGGUAUUGGAAGUAAAAUCAUUGUUAUAUCACGAGAUGAACAUUUGCUAAACGAGGCUCAAGACUAUGAUAUUUAUCAUCCUGAAGAGUUGGACUUUAAUGAAUCUCUUCAACUCUUUAGUUGGCAUGCAUUUAAGAAUGAUUCUGCCCCAAAUGAAUAUGAGGAGCUUUCAAAAGAGAUAGUCAAUUAUGUUAAAGGACUUCCGUUUGCUCUUGAGAUUAUGGGUUCUUUAAUGUUUGGCAAAAGAAGCUUAUCUGAAUGGGAGCAUGCAUUAGUCAAACUAGAAAGUAAACCUGAUGAUCAAAUUCAAAAAGCACUCAAAUUAAGUUUUUAUGAUUUGGAUGAUACGGAGAAGGAUAUUUUCCUUGAUAUCGCAUGCUUCUUUAUUGGAAUGGAAAAAAACUAUGUAUGUGAAAUACUAGAUGGAUGCAACUUAUUUCCGGUUAUCGGAAUCCGCAUUCUCUCUCAAAGAUCUCUUAUUAAAAUUGAUGAAAUUAAUAGAUUAAAGAUGCAUGAUCUUCUUCAAGACAUGGCAAAAGAAAUUGUUCAAGAAGAAUCUCCUGAAGAACCCGGAAGACGUACAAGAUUGUGGUCACGAGAGGAUGUUUGUGACGUAUUGGUGAAACAUGAGGGAACCAAAUCUGUCGAAGGCAUCAUCCUAGACAAUUCUCAAUUUGAGGAUGUAUGUUUUAGUACUGAAGCAUUUGUAGACAUGCCUAAUCUAAGACUGCUUCAACUCAACUAUGUACACCUAAGGGGAGAAUAUGAGUAUCUCUCUAAGAAAUUAAGAUGGCUUUGUUGGUAUGGAUUCCCUUUGAAUUCUAUUCCUCACAAUUUUGACUUGGAGAAUCUCAUUGUUCUUGACAUGAAAGAUAGCAGUAUUAAAGAGGUUUGGAAGGAAAUUAAGCUGCUCAAAAAGUUGAAAAUCCUGAACCUUAGUCAUUCAAGUUGCUUAAUGAAAACUCCCAACUUCUCAGGACUCCCCAAUCUUGAGGAACUGAUCCUUGUAGAUUGUAAAAGUCUCAGUUGAGGUUCAUCAAUCCAUUGGGCGUCUUAACAAGCUUGUUGUCUUGGAUUUGAAAAAUUGCAAUAACCUUAUGAAGCUUCCAGACAGCAUUGGUAUGGUGAGUUCUCUUAAAGUACUCAAUCUCUCUGGUUGCUCAAAACAGGUGCAAUGUACUACUUUAUGGUUUUCUUCACUGAGAAGACAGAGUACUUGUAGUACCACUUUGCUUCCUACUUCUUUCCCUGGUUUAUGCUCUUUGGAAUCAGUAAAUCUCAAUUACUGCAAUCUAUCAGAAGAUUUGAUUCCCAAUGAUUUCUGGAGAUUGCCAUUAUUGACAGAGUUAAGAUUGGACGGGAACAGAUUGUGCACCCUACCGUCCGGCAUAAAAAAUCUUUCUCGUCUUAGUUGGCUUACAUUGAGAAAUUGUAAAGAUCUCAAACUAAUGACAGAGCUUCCAUUAAGUUUAGACUCAUUGAAUCUAGAAGGCUGCUCAACAAUGGAAAUGUUAGCAUCCAACAUCAGUGAUCUCCCUAAACUUUCGUAUCUUAAUUUGAAAGGAUGUAAGAAGCUACAGUCAUUUCCAAAACUUCCAUCAUGCUUAUUCCAGUUGCAGGCAAGCAGUUGCAAAUCUUUGCAAGGAGGAGAAGUUAAGGAGUUACAGAAUUUACGAGAGUUAGUUAUCGACUAUGAUGACUUCUGUAGUAAAUCAGAUGAAAUAAGUUGCCUUCGUAAACUUGAGAGACUAAUUCUGGAAGGCUGUGAGAGGCCUCAAACACUUCCAAAGCUUCCACCAACUUUAGAUUGCUUGUUUGUAGAAGGUGACAUAUCGACUUUACUUGCCAAUUGUGGGGAUGAGAUCCAGAGCAGCAUGGAAACUUCUCAAUCUGUCGUACAAGACAUAUACAUGGAAGGGUGCCACCAUCUGGGAAACACUUUGAGGAAGAAUAAUAGCCUUUUUCAGGAUAUAAAUAGGUUUUUUGAAGUAUGGGGUCGUGGGAGUGAGAUUCCAAAAUGGAUGAGCCAUCAAAAUAUGGAGUCUUCAGUAUCAUUUGAGGUAUCUGCUGAGUGUUGGGGUUGUAAGAUCCAAGGGUUGGAUGUAUCUGCUGUUUUUUCGUCUGGGAAAGACACUGUCGAAUUCCGUUCUAUUGCUGUAAUUUGUAAAAAAACCAAAGAUAUUCAAUGGGGCCCCCUUGAAGGAAUAUGGCAAUCCAUUGCCACACGACGACUUGGACAAGAUGAAGACAUAUUGUGGGUGCGCCAUAUUUCAAUUCCCGAGCUUUGGUAUUCUCAGGACGCGAAUUUGGAUUUGGUGAUCACUUUGAAGUGGGGGAUCAAGUGCAGGUUUUAGUAGAAAUUGAGGGUAAUUAUCCUGGAGGAAGUUUGCAAGUGAUCAAGUGUGGAGUCCUGCUGGUCCACAUGCCAUAUGAGGAGGAGGAGGAGGAGGAGGAGAUCCCAUCAUAUGAUGUAUCAACGGUGGAAUGCAUGUGUUCCAUUUGUAAUUAAUUACCGCAAUAUAUUAGUUACCAUUUCCUAUAUAUGGAUCGAAUACAAUAAGCCCAUUAAUUAUGCAAAAACAUCAU